AUGUCAGACCUCUUACGAGAAUUGACCGUUGGCCAACUGAUCCGCCUUCUUCCCGGCCACGCGUACCUCUUGUUCCCCGAAGAGAAAUCAGACUUUCGAUGUCCACCCGAAUAUCUCAUCACCGAGCCCGCGCCAUUUAUCUCUCCAGAUACGAAGGACGACUGCCAGAUAGAUCCUAGUGAACGGCUACACGACUCUAUAAGUGCAGCUGGUGCACUUGGUACAGCUCCAACAAGCGUUGACGAAUCAACCUCGCCGCAAAAUGUCCAGUCAUUGCAGACAAAUCCAACCAGCCCCAUUGAAGAGGCAGAGAUCCGUACUUUGCGGAAUGAAUCACUCGAAGAUGAAGCUAUGCCGACCCGCAGCGGUGCUGGAGCGAACGAUAAGAUCGUGGUGGAACUGGUCGCGAGGAAACGAACACUGGUCGUCUGUCUGAUCUAUGUCUACAGCUUGGCUAUCUACACCGGCUCCGCCAUAAUCACCCCAGCUGGCCCCUACAUCGAGGAAGAGAUGGGAGUGUCUGCAAACGCUGCGUCUCUCACUCUGUCCAUGUACGUCCUCGGCUAUGGUGUUGGGCCAUUGCUCUUCUCGCCUCCUUCCGAAAUCUCUGCCUUGGGGCGCAAUCCCCCGUACAUGGUCAGCAUGGGAUUAUUUGUCAUUCUCUCGAUCCCCGCCGCGAUGGUCAAUAACCUGCCCGGGCUAGCAGUUCUUCGCUUUCUCCAAGGCUUCAUGGGCAGCCCCUGUCUAGCAACUGGAGGAGCUACUCUUGGUGAUAUCUUUUCGAUGGCUAAGCUGCCUUAUUUCCUCGCAGGCUGGGCCGGCUUUGCAACUACCGGUCCGCCUCUGGGAUCAAUCAUCAGUGGCUUCUCCGUCCCUGCCAAAAACUGGCAUUGGUCGAUGUGGGAACUCCUCUGGUUUGCAGCGCCCGUGUAUGUUGCGAUGCUUGUCCUCCUCCCCGAAACGUCGCCGAAGUUGACCGGUAACAAGAAUAUCGCAUCUCAAUCGGAGAUCGACCAGCACAACAUGACGUUUCGCGAAGUUGUUGUCUACUCUUUAUGGCGACCAACUCAAAUCAACGCCCUUGACCCGGCCGUACUGUUCACGAGCGUCUAUAGUGGAUUGCUCUAUGGCGUCUUCUAUACAUUCUUUGAGGUAUUCCCUCUGGUUUACGCGGGAGGUAAUCCUGGCACCCAGACCCAUGGUUACGGGAUGAAUGCUGGCGAACUCGGUUUGAUUUUCUUGGCCAACGUUGUUGGGGUCGGUCUUGGGGUCAUCUUCUGCUCCCUUUACUUGUACUUUGUUUAUGAACCCGAGAUACCUUUCUUUUCCCGAUCGGAUUGUUCAUCUUCGCCUGGACGGGAUAUACUUAACCCUUGUUCCCACCAUUGGCGUGACCAUCACGAAUAUCGUUACACACUAUUUCAAUGUCUUCUGUUCUACCUUACAUUGAACUACCCCCAGUACGCCGCGUCACAGUUUGCCGCCAACGACUUUGCUCGGUCCUCCAUCGCAGCGGGCGCUAUCCACUUCUCUUGGCCUUUGUUUCAUAAUCUAGGAGUAGAGCGAGGCGUAUCUCUACUCGCAGGAUUGACUGUUAGGGGUGCUCUUGGUAUCUUUGGCUUGUGGUUUUUUUUUUUGGCUCAGCAUUAA